AUGCGCCAACCAGACAAGGUCAAUAACGAUAUAAAAGCGCCCUUUGGUAGUAGGUUUUACAUGCUACCCCCUGCAAAGGAGUCCUAUCAGAUUGUGGGAGCCCUGCUUGUGGUCGCCAUCUUGGUGAACCUCGUCGCCUUGGCAGCUGCCAUCGCGGGCUGUAUAACGGCAAGGGCUUGGACCUUGCCUACUACCCUGGGGCUGACUUGGCUUGGUGGCAUCCUCGCGCUGGCUGCAAUUGCAUACUACUUCACCAAGUUGGACACAACCUACUGUCCUCUGCUGGCUGUCAUCGGAAUGUCUUUCGCGCUGGCUAUGGCAAUCAGUACAAGUAUUACAAUGAUACAUGAACGAGGAGCUUAA